CACCAUUACUACCGGAAAUAAACAACUCCACGUGCACAGGCGCACGAAAGAACAACGAGCGGAAAAUGUUCAGUGUUGAGGAUCCGUGAUUAAACCAUCUAAUGUCAAAAAUGUCGAAGAAAAGACAGAAUGAAGAUCAGGGGAAAGAAUUAAAGAGAAAGAAACUGUUAUCUGAGGUUGCCAGAGGAAAGUUACAGUUUUUGAUGCCUGAUCAUCCAGACUUCAAAUCACUGAUGCGAGAGAAGUAUUUCAACUUUGCACAUGAACCCUGCAGCUGUAUUCCAACAUCCCUGCAGGAGGAACUGCCAUGGGCGUUGAACAUACUCCAUCACCAUGGUUACUUCUAUCGGGACUGGGUGAAGGUCAAGGGUCAAACCGUCCAGACACCAGUGUCUCGUACUCUGAUUGGUGAACCGGAGACAACAUAUAAGUACCUGGGCUUGCGUCUGUUUGCAAUCCCAUGGUGCUUCGGAGAUCAUCAAGUGGAGAGCGAGGUCGAACUGGCUUGUGGGAUUAUUGGAAAGCUUAACGAUCACUUCAAAGCCGUCUCUAGGAAGUUACUUCUUGAAAGAGCAGCAGAAAAGACUGAGCCAGAGUCUUGUAUCUCCCAAGGAGCUGCACAAAGUCCUCUGCAUCACAGUCCAAACGAGGAGACCAAGAGUUGUUCAGAACAAAAGCCGACAACUUGUAGCCCAUCCAUCGAAGAGGGAACCGAUUUCAAUGUUGUGCUCAUCAACUACAUGGACCCAAAGGAUCCAGACCUGAGAUUGAAGGCGGAGCCUUAUUAUGGGAUGGGCCCUCUGGCUGUCAGCUGGCACAUGGAUAGUAAUCUGGUCCAGGGCUCCACUGUGGCUGUAUACAACCACACCUGCUCAUCAGAUGGAGACAGUUCAAGCGACUCCUCUGAUUGGAUGGUUGGCCUCAAGGUGUCAUGGGAUAUCGAGACACCAGGCGUGGUCGUACCUCUACAAACUGGCGAGUCAUACUUCAUGUUGGGGGAUCUGAAUGAUACCCAUCAGCAUUGUGUAGUGGCUGGUGGCCAGGCUAGGUUCAGCACAACUCACCGAGUUGCUGAUUGCUGUCAGGGAACUCUCCCAUACAUCCAGCGCCGAUGCAAAGAGGCGCUGAGUAACCUUGGUGAGACUGAGAAUGGAGAAUAUAAACUGACAUCUUUGGCCGCUGACCAUCUUGAGUUGACCGAAACUAUACAUAAUGAGGUGGAGUUUGAAUGGCUACGUCAAUUCUGGAUGCAAGGAUCUAGGCAUGCCGUUGAGAGGAAGAGCUGGGUACCAGCUAUGGAGCACCUGGAGGCUGAUUGGCACAAGAUGGAACACAUGACAAAACUUGCGGUCGAGGAAGCGAAUGUUCUUGAUGACGAAGAAGGUUCUGCAAUUGCCGAGGUACUUCUCCCACAUCUCGAAGAAAGACAGAAGUUGAGACAGGAUUGUCUUGAUAAAUUUUCACCCAAGAUCUUAGAGACAAUGCAUGCCGACUUCUUGCCCAUCCACAGACCCAAGUGGGAGGAUGAUGACCUCUCUCGACCUUUACCCUUUGACCUCAGCAAUAUUAUCAGCAACAUGAGACUUGUCACUAAGCAUGGGAAGAAAAGUUGUAUCAGUGACUCUGAAAGUUCGGACAGUGAUUACCACAGCUGACAACUUCUCAAUGCAUUGUGCAAACCUUCCUGGCAAGUUUGAAAACACAAAUACUGCCAGUGUCUUUUAUUUGCUAAAUCUGAAUUGAAUGCAUAAAGAUAUUGCUUACCGAAAUUCCGAAAGUAAGAUCAAUUGUAAGACAGAUAGAUUUUAUAAAAGCUAUAUUUUAAAUAUAUUUAAUCAUUAUGUUCUUUAAUCAAACUAUUCAGUUAUUGAAGAGUCGAUCCUGUAUGCAUUUUGUUCUUAUUUAAAGGGAUCAUUUAAAUUCCAUCAGUUUUACAGUUAAGUUUGUAUUUGCAGUUGGUACUUUACCGUCUGUGGUCAAUUAGGUGAUUUGUUUUGCUUUGUGUUUACCAGUGCAGAUGAAUUAUAUGUUUUGACUUUGACCCAUUA